AAUACGCAUUACUAUGUAAACACUACUUUGGACUUGGAGCACACAUUCGUGUGUUAGUCGUUAACGAGUGCGCGCGCGUUUCUUUUUGGAGCUCCAGUCAGCAUUUGUUUGAGCUAGUGGAGCAUUGUAAUUUACGCAGAGUUCGAGUGCUAUUAUUUCAAAAAGCGUCCGUAAAUAUUAGCUGGGCUGUUGCCACUGCCAUUGCUAAAUAAAAGCAACUUGGUACGUCAACUGCAUGUCCAGAGCAGCCAAUUUAAACUGACAGUUACUUAGGAGACUCUCAAAGCCGUCCGCAUAAAAUAAUCAUAAACAAUAAAUAGCUAAAAGUUAAUUGUUAAUCGAACAAAACAGACAAUGGCGUUCAUUUCGAAAGAUUUUCGUUCACCUGGCGAGGCUUGGGUCAAGACCGACGAAGGUUGGGAGCGUAAAAAGGUGCUCGAGUGUGGAGGCAAACGCAAGCGUCACAGCUCUUCGGGCAGCAGCUGCCAGGGUGACGACGAAGAGGAAGCCGAAACAGAGACACCAAUGCCACCGCAUUAUCAUAUAACCAUACGCUGCACACGUGAAAUUGCAGGCUUUAAUGGGUUAAGCGAGGCUGUAAAGCGUUUGGAUUUUCGUCGUUCGGUGCGUGAUCGCAAGCGUUUUCACUAUAUCUGCGCAUUUCUGCUGCUGGUGUCCAACAAGGGCAUUGCCAGUCUGCCCGGCAGCGCACAGCGUCAGCUGCUGCAAAUGGUCGAGGAGGUGGCCUCACAUGUCAACGACAGUCAGCAGCAUCCGAAUGUGCUGCGUGGUCUGGCCUUGAAGCUGGAGCAUAUUGUUAACCAGGAGAAUCAAAAGUGCUGGGGCAAGCCACUGGGCAGCACCUAUCUGUGGCAGGAGCAUUUGGCUCGCAUUAAGCGCAUCCAGCGCGUGGCCAGUCAGAUUGAGAUUAAGCAGCCUGAUCCGCAGGUGCGUCCACAGCUGCAUGAGCUGCCCGAGGAGUGUGUGCGUGAGAUUAUUCUCUGCAUAGCCGAUCAUCGUGAUCUGGAGUCUGCUGCUCAGGCCUGGGAGACUAUGGCGCGUCUGGUGUCCGAGCAGCGCAUUUGGCGUGAGCUAACACGCUUUCACUUUAACCAGGCGCAGAUUAACACCAUUCUGGAUUUGGAUAAGAUUAAGCAAAUGGGCGAGACCAAAGACUGGAAGCAGAUCUAUCAUUUGUUGCGUCGCACCUAUGGCGUGAAUGAUGAUUACAAAUACGCUGAGGUGCUGGCGCUGUGCCGCUCCUGCUGCUGCCUCUUCUGGCCCUCCGAUGGACAUCCUUGCAUUGUGGAUCAGAGUCCGGACUACAAGCAGCGCGUGGAGGAUGCUGGUGGUCAGCUGGCCUUGGCACAGCCUGUGCCGCCUGCACAGUUCUUAAAGUAUUUCUCAUUGUAAAGCCACGAAGACUUAAUGUAACUGACCAAAACUGUUUUUGGGAGAGAGAGAGACAUGCAGCGAGCAAAGUUGCUUACUUGGAUAACUUGUGGGUUAAAGUUUCAGAGAGUGAGAGGGAGUGAGAAC